AAUUAAAAUGAGAACUGAAGGACCAUAGUGAAGAAAAAGAUAUAUGGCAAUAAAAACAUGUUGCUCAAUGGGUAAUAAAUUCACAUUGCUUUAUGGUUGGAAGACAAAUGGCCACUGGGAAUCUCACAGAAAUGACUCGACAUAACUAAGCAGCACAAGUUCAAUGAUCAUUCUAUUGAAAAGUUUCGUAAAGUUUCUGAAGCCCCAUUGAGUGUGCGACAAAUAUGCCU